AUGAUUGCCAAAUUCUAUCACUUCAAACUUAUACAUGGUGGAAUCCGAGUUACUCUGGCUGCAAUGCGUGAAAAAUACUGGCCGAUCAACGGAAGAAGAACGAUUCGGAAUGUGAUGCGAAACUGCUUUAGAUGCGCCCGAGCUAGUCCCGCUCCAGAGAAUCAACAAACUGGCCAACUACCCGCACAUCGAGUGACACCGCAGAGACCUUUUGCAGUGACAGGAGUGGAUUUUGCCGGCCCGGUCUACCUAAAACCUGCGCAUAAACGAGCGGCUGCGACUAAGGCGUACAUAUGUAUCUUCGUGUGUUUCGUAACAAAGGCGGUACACAUCGAGCUAGUAAGCAACUUGGCAUCAUCUGGUUUCCUGGCUACAUUUCGUCGAUUCGUUGGCCGUCGUGGCCCACCAGCGCACGUUUAUUCCGAUAAUGGCAGGAACUUCUUAGGAGUCAAAAAUGAACUGGAGGCCAUUCAAAAACUAAACGCGACCGACACAGAAUCAUUUUUUGAUUACUGUGCAACGGAAGGUAUAAGCUGGCAUCUCAACCCACCUAAAGCAGCACACUUUGGUGGUCUCUGGGAAGCUGCAGUAAAGGUAUGCAAGAAGCAGAUGUACCGACAGUUAGGUGAUUCCAAACUAAGCUUCGAAGAUCUAACAACCAUUUUGGUGCAAAUCGAGGCCAGUAUGAAUUCCCGCCCAUUAGUCCAAAUGUCCGAGGAUCCUAACGAUUUCGCUUGUUUGACCCCUGGGCAUUUUCUCAUCGGCGACCUUAUGGGAUCUGUUCCAGAAUUUGAUAUUCGUGAUGUUCCGAUUAAUCUCCUCGACCAUAACCAACACCUGCAGCGGAUGUAUCAGAACUUUUGGCACAACUGGAGAACCGAGUAUCUUCAAGAGAUGCAGCGUGAAACGAAAACUUGUGAUCCUAACACAAAUUUGCAGCCUGGGCGUCUGGUGGCCAUUGUCGACGAGUUUCAGAUUCCUGUGAAAUGGCCACUUGGAAGAAUCGUUUCCGUACAUCCCGGCGAAGAUGGAUUGAUUCGAGUUGUUACUCUCAAAACAGCCAAGGGUUUUGUGAAACGUCCUGUGACGAAGGUAUGCUUGCUUCCACAAGAAACCCCUGAAGAAGCUUCCGCACUGAAUGCAAACGUCGCACCAAGGAAAGAGAAUCCAGCCAACGGAGAAAUCCUGCCAUCCAACGAAGAAAUCCUGCCAUCCAACGAAGAAAAUCCAGCCGACAACGAUGCAGCAGCCAAAGAUGUCCAGUAG